AUAAUUGUUUAGAUAUCAAUUUUUUAUAAUUUUCUAACAGAUUUUAAUACCGACAAAUAUUAAUUUUACAAAGCCAACUUGUGCAAUCAAAGAUGGCUUUUCGGUCAAAAUAUACCGUAUUGCUUCCAACUUAUAAUGAGAAGGACAACUUGCCACUUAUAAUUUGGUUACUUGUAAAAACAUUUUCAGAAAAUAAUAUAGACUACGAAAUUAUCAUAGUUGAUGAUGGAAGUCCAGAUGGAACUCAAAAUGUUGCAAAACAAUUAAUAAGCAUUUAUGGGGAAAAUAGAAUUCUUUUAAAGCCAAGAGCAAAAAAAUUAGGCUUAGGUACUGCUUAUAUUCAUGGGAUGCAAUUUGCAACAGGAGACUUUAUUAUUAUUAUGGACGCAGAUUUAUCGCAUCAUCCAAAAUUCAUUCCGAAAUUCAUUGCUCUGCAAGCUAAACAUAAUUAUGAUGUUGUAUCUGGUACAAGAUAUGCAGGUGAUGGUGGUGUCUAUGGUUGGGAUUUUAAAAGAAAACUUAUAAGUCGUGGUGCUAACUAUGUCACUCAAAUUCUGUUACGUCCAGGUGCAUCGGAUUUAACUGGAAGUUUUAGACUGUACAAAAAAGAUGUCUUGCUUCGAUUAGUAUCAUCAUGUGUGUCUAAAGGAUACAUCUUUCAGAUGGAGAUGAUUAUCAGAGCACGUCAAUUCAAUUAUACUAUUGGGGAGGUACCAAUUUCGUUUGUUGAUCGGUUCUAUGGGGAAUCAAAACUAGGUGGAAACGAAAUAUACCAGUUUGUUAAAGGACUUUUAUAUCUGUUUGCAACUACCUGAUAUUUCUUAUGUUUUAUAAUAAGUGUCAUUUUCGAUAUUUAUAAAAUAUAUAUCUGA